AUGAGAAAGUUUGUCCCAAUAGAAACGCCACUAGUCACAAUCGACAGCGUCGGAUUCAGCGUCAUGAGCAAUUGUGACAUAGCAAAGCAAUCUGAAAUACCAAUUAAUAAUCGUGAAAUAUAUUACUAUUUGUCUAACAAGCCUUUUCCAUAUGGAGUUCUUGAUCUCAGACUCGGUACCAACCGCAAUGAUCAAAAAUGUAAAACCUGUAACCUAGGAUUGACUGAAUGUCUUGGGCAUUGGGGGUAUAUUGACCUUCAUUUGCCCGUAUUCCAUAUUGGAUUCUUUAAGUACACUAUCCAAAUUCUCUCCUGUAUAUGCAAAAAAUGUUCAUAUCUUCUAAUUUCCGAAGAUAACAUGAAGAGGUUUAAGGAUCAGGCAUUAAUAACCACUGACCCAUUGGCUAAGAAGAUAUUGUUUAAAAGAUUAGUAGCAGAGUGUAGAAAGGUUAUUAAAUGUCCCAGAUGUAAUUCCACGCAGGGUUCGUUAAAAAGAAUUGUUAAACCCACUUUGGAUCAGUUUAUGAAGAUUAGGCAUACAGUUAAGCAGAAACAAGGAGGGAAAAUGCAGACAGUGGAGGAGGACCUGGAUCCACUAUACGUUAAAUCAUUGUUCAAAUCGAUCAAUCCAGCGCACUUACUGGUACUAAACAUUGAUAAACCUGAGAAUCUCAUUAUAUCAUCCAUACCAGUACCACCAAGUUGUAUUCGCCCUUCCGUGACUUUGGAUGAACAUGGAUCUACAGAAGAUGAUCUCACUUGUAUUCUGUCUGACAUUGUGGAUUUGAACAAUCUAAUAAAGAGUCAGUGUAAAAACGGGUUUCAAACUAACCAAUUUAUUGGAAACUGGCAAUUUAUGCAAUUGCAAUGUACUAGAUAUAUUAAUUCUGAAUCCCCAGCUGUAUCUCAGUUGUUGGCUACCAAAAAUAUUACUAAAUCUAGCAGGGGAAUUUGUCAGCGCCUCAAAGGCAAAGAAGGACGCUUCAGAGGCAAUCUUUCUGGUAAAAGGGUUGACUUUUCCGCCCGUACAGUGAUAUCUCCUGAUCCAAACGUGGGUAUUGAUCAAGUAGUGGUGCCCAAGUAUAUUGCACAAAGGUUAACCUAUCCUGAACGGGUAAAUACAACAAAUAUCAAUAUCUUGAAGCGUGCAGUGCUAAAUGGACCCGAUUCUUGGCCAGGGGCCUGUUAUGUUAACAAACUUGAUGGUUCCAAAUGUAAUUUGAGAUAUGCAAAUCCGAAGAAUGUAUCAGAGAGAUUAGCCGUGGGUGAUAUCGUUGAACGGCACAUAUGGGAUGGAGAUAUAGUGCUAUUUAAUAGGCAACCUUCAUUGCAUCGAAUGUCCAUAAUGGCCCACAGGGCUAUCGUAAUGCAAGGUUCUACUUUAAGAUUUAAUGAGUGUGUUUGUUCACCAUAUAACGCCGACUUUGACGGCGACGAAAUGAAUCUCCAUUUCCCACAAACAGAGGAAGCUCGCGCUGAGGCAUUUCAUUUAAUGGGUGUACUAAAUAAUUUGACCAGUCCUAAAAAUGGCGAGCCCUUAGUGGCUGCAGUGCAAGAUUUCCUUAGUGCUUCCUAUCUGCUAACCAGCAAGGACUAUUUUUUGGACAAGAAGAAAAUUUUCAACUUAUGUUGCAGCUUUUGUGACGGCAUAGAGCAUAUUGACGUUCCGCCUCCAGCAAUUAUAUACCCGAUACAAUUGUGGACUGGCAAACAAGUAUUUAGUCUACUGCUUUCACCUAACAGGAAAGAUAGGACUUACAUUAAUUUGGAACUUAAAGAACGCGAAUUUAAACCAUAUAAAUCAAACACUAGCGUUUACGGUAAUAGUGAUGUUAUGUCUCCAAGUGAUGGAUAUGUUGUGGUAUCUAAUUCUGAAUUGAUGUGUGGUUCGGUUGGGAAGAAUACUUUAGGUCCCGGUAAAUCUGGACUUAUAUUUCAUUUGUUACGGAAUCAAGGCUCUAAAUCUACUAGUAAAUUCUUAUCAAGAAUCUCCAAGUUAACUUGUAGAUGGUUAUGUGAAUACGGUUUAUCAAUAGGAAUAGAUGAUGUUAUUCCCUCACAUGAGCUUAUUUUGGAGAAAGGGGUUGUAUUGAAUAACGGGUAUAAAAAAGUAGAUCAUGAGAUUGAAAAGUACAAUCGCGGAGAAAUCCAGGCAAAGUUUGGCUGUUCAGCCCAAGAAACCCUUGAGCUAAUUAUAAAGGGGGAGCUGGACGAUUUACGUAAUCAGGCCGGUAAAGUAUGUUAUGAACACUUACCUCCCCAAAAUAAACCGCUAAUCAUGUUUAAUUCCGGUGCCAAGGGGUCACUAAUUAAUAUCGCACAAAUGAUCGCAUGUGUGGGCCAGCAAAAUGUAUCAGGACAAAGGAUACAAAAUGGAUUUGUCAACCGUUCAUUGCCACACUUUGAAAUGGAUUCUUUGGAGCCCAAAUCUAGGGGUUUUGUCGCUAAUUCAUUCUUCACGGGACUAGAUCCACAGGAAUUUUUCUUCCACACUAUGAGUGGAAGGGAGGGGCUUAUUGAUACUGCUGUCAAGACUGCAGAGACUGGGUACAUGCAGAGGAGGCUUAUGAAGGCGCUGGAAGACUUGAGUGUGUGUUAUGACCACACUGUACGAACCAGUGAUGGACAAGUUGUACAGUUCUUAUAUGGAGAUGAUGGGAUCAGCCCUUGCAGUUUAGGCGUGUUUCAUAUGGAAGAUACACUGAAAAUGUUACAGGCACGAUCAAAUUCUAAACAAUUUGGGGAUUAUAAAGGUCCAAUUUUACCGCCAUCAGAGCCACCGACAUUAGAUUUAGAGGCAUUACGUGCUAUGAAAUUGCCCAAAUUCCUACAGGAAAGGCUGGAAUCUCUGCAAUAUUUAAAGAGUGAUGAGUAUGCUUAUGAAAUGAUUUCUAACCAACUCAAAUGCUAUCUUGUGAUCCACCGUAUGGGCCAUAAAAUUAAUGUGCCUUUGUUCCCAUUUGAGAUAAGCCGAUGGACCAGAUUCAUAUAUAGCUUAGUUAAGGGAUUUAUCCCUGCCAAACUGUCACAGCACUUGAACAUUAACAGCACAGGUGAUUGCGAUAUGAGCAAAGACAGUGUAAGUGCAGUGUUUAGGGAUUUUGAAAGUGAUUCAUUGCAUUGGAUUGAGAGAAAGGCAGAGGAAAUUGCAGAAUAUCGGCAACUUGAAGGGGCAGAGCCUGGAAGAAGCGAAUUCACCGAAUGGCCCAGUCGAAAUGUGAUACAGAAAGUAUGUUAUCAGCUAGACGGGAAUAAGAGGAAGCGGAUAACAUACAACAUGCCAGUUAACAAGAAAUAUGUUAUUACUCUAAGGCACCUAUACAACUUGUGCAUAUCUUGUUGGAGGGAUUACAAGAACGCCAUAGCGGAACCGGGGGAUGCGGUAGGGGCGCUAGGUGCCCAGUCAAUUGGUGAACCUGGAACUCAAAUGACUUUGAAGACGUUUCAUUUUGCAGGCGUGGCAUCUAUGAAUGUAACUUUGGGUGUGCCCAGAAUAAAGGAGAUAAUAAACGCCACGGCCAAUAUUCAAACGCCUAUUAUAGAAGUGCCCCUAGUGAGCUCAAAAUUUGAGGCUGCCCUAAUAAAUAAGUAUAGGAUUGAAAAGACAACAAUAGGAAAUAUUUGUAAGAAGUUUGAGGAUAUUUAUUCUCCUCAUGGUUCAUUUAUCAUUCUCACAAUUGAUCAGGGUAUUUGUGCUGACUUGGGAUUGUGUAUCAGUGCGAAUCACGUAAAAGAAGUUAUUGUUGGUUAUAGUUCCAUAAAUAAGAUCAGAUUAGACAAGAACAGUAUCUAUGUGCUUGACAAUGAUCGACUGGCAAUCCUAGUGCCUCAUACAAAUUGUGGUUUAUACAUGUUCCAAAAGCAGUCCCUAAUAGACGGAUUGAUGUCACUAGUACUGUCAGGGGAGAAGUUUGUCAAACGGGGCGUGAUUAAAAAGGAAGGGGGCGAAUACCACUUGGCUGUCGAGGGUUAUGGAUUGCUCAACAUCAUGGGCAUCCCAGGUGUUGUUGGCACUAAGGUCAAGUCAAAUCAUGUCAUUGAAGUGGCCAAAGUGUUGGGAAUUGAGGCCGCUAGGAGUGUCAUUAUCAGCGAAAUCUGCAAAUGUAUGGAUGCUUAUUCUAUAGAAAUUGACUACAGGCACAUGUGUUUAUUGGGCGACGUAAUGACGUUUAGAGGUGAGGUGCUUGGAAUCAAUCGCUUUGGGAUACAAAAAAUGAGAACUUCCACCCUAAUGUUGGCUAGUUUUGAGGAAACCAACGAACAUCUCUUUGAGGCUGCCGUUCACAAUCGUAGGGAUCCCAUUUGUGGAGUUAGCGAAUGUAUUAUCACGGGCAAACCUAUCAAACUAGGUACUGGAUCCUUUGAUUUACUACUUUACUGA